AUGCCAAAUAAACACCGAGUGACCGAGCUCAUCAUUCAGCAAUACCAUCAUCAGUAUGGACAUUCUGGUGGCGAAAGGAACCUCGCUGAGCUGCGCCAGAAGUACGUAAAGGGGCGCAUUGCCGUUAAGCGCGUUCUUCUCCGCUGCCUAGAAUGCAAGAAGAGGAAGGCAACCCCUGAAACCCAAGUGAUGGCGGACCUGCCCAAGGAUCGAGCAGCACCAUUCAGCACCAUAGGUGUUGAUUACUUUGGCCCUUUCAUGGUAAAAAAAAGAGUCCGCAGUGAGUUGAAGCGAUAUGGUUGCUUAUUCACUUGCCUCACCACCAGAGCCAUCCACAUAGAGGUCUGCCAGAGCCUAGAGACGGAUUCCUUCAUAAACGCACUGCAGCGCUGUAUAAAUCGCCGGGGACAGCCAGCCCAAAUCCGCUCGGAUAAUGGGACCAACUUCGUAGGAGCGCAACGCGAACUUCGUCGUGCUCUACAAGACUGGAAUCAGCACCAAAUAGGGAGCUACCUGCACCAGCGAGAAGUCCAAUGGAAUUUUAAUCCACCAGCCGCUUCACACAUGGGUGGAGUUUGGGAACGACAGACACGGACCAUUUGCUCUAUCCUAGGAAGUCUCCUUCACCAGAAGCUGACUGAUGACGAAGGACUAAACACUCUGAUGUGUAUUGUUGAGGGAAUUACCCUACCACCUAAACACUUCGAUACCAAGGAUCUCUAUAAGAGACGCUGGCGCCAGGUCCAGUACCUCGCUGAUGUCUUCUGGAUCCGAUGGUUUAAGGAAUACCUCCCAUCACUGCAGCAGCGCCAGAAGUGGCUACAUCCGCAAAGAAAUCUUCAGGUUGGAGACCUUGUUUUAAUCCGUCACGAGAGCAUCCCACGCAGCAAAUGGCCUUUGGGUCUUAUGGUGGCCACGCACCCAGGGAAAGACGGAUAUGUCCGCUCCGUGCGAGUCAAAACCCAAGCCGGAGUGUAUGUUAGACCGACUGACAAGAUCUGUCUUCUUGAAGCCGAGUUGACACCAUUAGCUGCAGCGACUGAUACCAGCCAGGAUGAGGACGAUAAUGAUAACACUUAG